AUUGCACCAUUAGCAGUUGUAAUUCUUUUUCUAAAAGCUUCAACAAAUUUAUUGCACAGAAGAAAGAACCCUGAUGAACUCAGAGACCGAGGAAAAAAACCCAAGUCAUAUUCAUGCUGUAAUGGAUGAACAACCUCCAAAGUUGGCCACUGAUGCAGUGCUUGUCAAGAGUGAGAAAAUUCCAGAAGAAGUGGGUACGGUGAAGGGGUAUGACUUCAAUGAUGGGGUCAACUACCACAAGUUAUUACAGUCCUACACCAGGUCAGGAUUCCAGGCUACCAACUUUGGCAAGGCAGUAGAGCAGAUAAAUAAAAUGAUUGACUGCAAGCUGACCCCAUUACCAAAAGAAAAGUUGGAUGAGGUGAACUUGAACCCAUGCAACAGAGAGAAGUCUAACUGUACCAUCUUCCUGGGCUACACAUCUAACCUGAUCUCAUCUGGUGUCAGAGAAACCUUCAGAUACCUAGCACAACAUAAUAUGAUUGACUGUAUAGUGUCCACAGCUGGUGGAAUUGAGGAGGACUUUAUCAAAUGUCUGGCUCCUACCUAUCUCGGGGACUUUUCCUUAAAAGGAAGUGACCUUCGCGAGCGUGGGAUAAACAGGAUCGGGAACCUACUGGUACCCAAUGAGAACUACUGUCUAUUUGAGGACUGGCUGAUGCCUAUUCUUGACAAAAUGUUGGAGGAGCAGAAAAACGAGAAUGUGGUGUGGACGCCCAGCAAGAUGAUAGCUAGAUUAGGAAAGGAGAUCGACAACCCAGACUCUGUGUAUUACUGGGCUUAUAAGAACAACAUUCCCGUAUUUUGUCCAGCUCUAACAGAUGGAUCUAUUGGAGACAUGAUUUACUUCCAUUCUUUUAAAAACCCAGGACUGAUGCUGGACAUUGUUGAAGACAUUCGACGGGUAAACAGUCAGGCUGUGUAUGCUGUCAACACAGGAAUGAUUAUACUGGGGGGUGGAGUCAUCAAGCAUCACAUCUGUAAUGCCAACCUUAUGCGAAAUGGUGCAGAUUUUAGUGUGUUUGUAAACACUGCUGCAGAGUUUGAUGGAAGCGAUGCUGGAGCAAGUCCUGAUGAAGCCGUGUCCUGGGGGAAAAUCAAGAAAACAGCCAAACCUGUAAAAGUUUAUGGCGAGGCUACAUUGAUUUUCCCUCUGUUGGUGGCAGAAACUUUUGCCAGGAGAGAAAAGGAGAUCACAUCACAGAAAGAAUAAGACCAAAAAGUAGUACAUCUGAGAAUUCGUUUCACUUGUCAACAUGGCUGUGUUCAGACAGUUUUUCUGAACUUGGUGAUAGUAUUGAGUAAAAGUGGUGAAUCAAAGGAAUCAUGGAAGCAUGUAUGGCUUAUAAUACUGAAUUUAAAGAGGGAUCAAUGAAAUCCACAUUGUCUCUUCUCAUUUUUAGGGAAAUGUCAAAAAAAAAAACUGAGAGUACUUUCACAUACUUCAACAAUGACUGAAGAUCUGCUUCUAUUAACCCACAGUGAUAACUACAUUUGGUCCCAUGGGAGACGGAAUCGAGAACUUUUGGAUUAUCUUGGUCUCAAUCUUAAGUCAUGCUUACUAUAAAAUAACAUGGCUUCUUUUGAUGAAAAGUUCCAUGGACCAUUGGAACAUCUUCCCUAUAGAAGCAAGGAGUAAGAGUGUUAUGACAGUGCUAAUAGCCAUAUACCUGUACAAAAAGAUGAUUUACCACCCAUAUUAUGCUAUGUUUUGUAUUAAAUUUUUGGUCACCAGAGUCAUUUAUGUUAUCUAUUACUAUCUGUUUUUGUCCGUCAUUGUCCAUUGGUCGUAAACUUUUGAACAUUUUCAGCUUCUUCUCUGAAACCAAUUUCAACCAAUUUUGGUAUGUAGCAGGUAUGGAUAAAGGGAAACAAAAAUUGUGACUUUCAUGGUCCCUUGAUUGCCCUAUUUCUCUUGUGUUUGAGCAACAUAUCUAUAAAAAUGUUGCUUUAUAAUUAAUUUGCCAUUUUGUGGAUCCUUAACAGGAUUGUAUUAUGCUCUGGUGACCAUUAAGGCCCUUGGGCCUGUUGUUUCAUAUACAUGUAGUCAUUUGUGUAUGAUCUUGAUGUUAUGAAAAUGCAGAAUUAUUUUUGUUAUAUUUAUGACUUUUUAACCUUGCAGUGUGAUAUUUUUAUUUUUUUUUAAUCAGUACAUACGUGUACUCAUUUAAGAUUUUGUUACAAGAAUCCUAUUAAAGUUUUCAGUUUUUAAA